AUGAGACAUGGUCGAGCAAAAGAGAAAGGAACCAGGCGAACAAUUUUUAUGGUGUCCUUUGUUCCCACUUUGAUCGUUGUGAUUUUUCUUAUCUCGUGGAGGCCUCUUCUACUUCCAUAUUUUUUUAGAUACGCGAAGUGGGUUAUAACGGAAGUUAUCAACGACAAACAAAGGUUUUUGGAGAACGAAUUACAAUUUGCUCUCAAGGAGUGGAGGUUAUACGAACUUGAAAGUCGUUUUGGACAAGAGUGGUGCAAAGAAAACGUCCGACAGCGGAGCGACGUGACGUGGUUGACACAAGUAGUGAAUGACGAAUUCGUGGUUCCUACGCUGGUUUUAGGACACUCAAUUCGCACGUUUUCUUGCCAGAAAAACAUGAUUGCUUUUAUUGCAGCGUCUGUGAGCUUGGGUGCGCGAAAAGCACUUCAAAGUGUUGGCUGGGAAACCCGUUUAGUCGAAGAAAUGGACUGUGACUGGCUUGACAGUAAAUUAGGGGGCGAUAGAAACCGGGGCUUUUUGGGUAGACCCCGAGGAAACAGGAUAAGAGGCACUCACACGAGAUUCCAUGCGUUGAACUACACUCAGUUUUCCAAGAUUUUAUACGUUGAUGCUGAUUACAUGUUGAUGUCAAAUAUUGACGAGCUUUUUGACAUUCCAGAUGAUUUUGCUGCGGCAACUUGCUCCCGCCCAGGUGUCCUUGAUCCCUGCUUCAAUGCUGGGCUUUUGGUCUUUAGACCAGAUUCUACUGACUAUUAUGGAAUCAUGAAACUGUGGUUUGAAACUACAAUGAAAGACACUUGUCCCAAUGAUCAAGUUUUACUUUGGCAUUAUUAUGCUGCUGAUGGAAAUUGGAGAGCACUACCCUAUACAUACAAUAUAAGACGUAUUGUCUUUAGGCCCAUGAAGUCAUUUCACUUUGCCUGCUGCCAACCACCAAAACCCUGGUCCGCACGGUGUCGACCAAGCAGAAAAGAAGCUGGUGAUUUUAAAGGACCUAUUGUGGUUGUUGAUGAUAUGGUGUUCAUUUUCUGGAAAAAUUUUUAUAAUAUUCUAAAGAAAUACAGACUAGAAGAUUGGUGGAGGUCUACAAAGUUUUUUAGACCAGAACAGGAGUUUGGGGUUGUGCCUUAUGCUGAUUGCUGGAAACAAGAACCAAGGGCAACAAGUUAG